CAAGACACUUGUUCACUUUGGCUAGGGGGCGUGCCAUUCGGUGCCAAUUGCCCGUCCGCAAGGGCGUGCCAAAACUGCAACCCUGACUUUCACAUCCUUGAGGAAUAGAUUUGCCUUGAGGGCACCUCUCCUGGAGGCAAAAUGCCACCAAAGAAGAAGAGACAGGAGAAGGUGGAAGAGCCAUCUGAGGAGGAGCCAGCAAACUCUGACUCCGACAGUGAGCCAGAACCAGCCCCAAAGAAGGCAGGCAAGAGCCUCUUUGCGAUGAUGGCUGACUCGGAUGAAGAUGAAGAGGAUGAGGAGGAGGAGGUGGAGGAGGAAAAGUCCUCGCCCUCGCCGAAGAAGUCAGAGAAAUCUGAUGGAAAGAAGAAGAAGGAGUUUAGUGAGGAGAUGGCCAUGUUUGGCGAGAAGAAGAAGAAAAAGAAAGACACCGGGGAGGAAAAAGACGAGAAGGAUGGCAAAAAAGAAAAGAAGGACAAGAAAGAUAAGAAGGAAAAGAAAAAACGUGGUCCGACAGUUUGUGAAAUUGCUGAGGUGUCAGCGAUUCCGAAGAAGGACAAACUAAAGCUAUGCAAGGUUUUGAUCGCUCCUGGAAUAGAUCCAGUCGAGAUCGUCACAAGUGCACCUAAUGUGAUAGCAGGGGCGAAGUUCAUUGCUGCACCACCUGGCUAUACAACUGCCAAUGGAGUGGAGGUGAAGGUCUCUAAGGUGGGAGGAGUCGAGAGUGCAGGCAUGUUCUGUGGGCCCAAAGAAAUGGGAUGGGACACGGAUGUGUUGAAUGGUGAUCUUGCGGUGAUGCUGGCUGAGACCGCUGAAGUAGGGGCUUCAGCGCCGUCCUAUGAAGAAGCAGUGGCAGCCUUCCAGCAGAGAGAGAAAGAAGAACAGCAAAAACGGGAGGAGGAAGCAAAGGCAUCAGCUGCAGCGAGUGCCAAGGAGGACAAGAAGGGUAAGAAGAAAAAAGGGAAAGCUGAGAAGGACGAUGAGGACUUGGACGCCAUUCUCGCGGACUUCAAAGAAGAUGCCCCAGAAAAGCCUCCAGAGACGGCAGCUGCGGAAACUCCGAAAGAGCCAAAAGAGGAGGAGCCAAAAGGCAAAAGCGCAAGUCAGAAGAAGAAGGACAAGAAGAAAGGCAAUCAAAAGGAAGAACCCAACGCUGAAGACGAGUUUGAGGCAGCUCUUGAAGAGUUUAAGCCUGAAGAGCCAACUCCAGGUGUUGCUCCUGAGCCUGAAGACGCUGACAAGGCUGAAGAUGAAGCCCUUGAUGCGAAAACUCUUGCAAAUCGAAAGAAGAAGGAGAAGAAGAAGGCAAAGCAGCAGGAGAAGACAGGAGGCGAAGGCAUGUGGGCCACCUCUCCUGCAGAUCAGCCUGAGCAAACAGAAAGCAAGGAACAGGCCAGCAGCAGCAAAGAAGCCGCUUCUAGCAAGGAUGAAGCACUGAGCAAGGCUGCAAAGGGCAAGAAGGAGAGUGCAGUUGUGAAGGCUGCAAGGGAGCGCCAAGAACAAGAACGGAAGCUUGCAGAGGAGAGGAGAGCCUUUGAGGAAGCAGAACGUCUUCGAGUCGAGGAAGAGCAACGGCAGAUUGAAGAGGAGGAGCGGAAGAAAGAGGAGGAGCGACAGCGGAAGCGAGAUGCAAAGGCUGCCAAAAUAGCGAAGCAGAAAGCGGAAGGCACUUAUUUGACCAAGAAGCAGAAGAUGCAAGCCCAGCGUGCUGCGCAGUUGCGAGAGCAGUUUGGCUACACCAUGGAGAGGAAUGAGGAUGAGGAUGCUGAAGCCGACGGGGAAAGGCCGCAGAGAAGGCCAAUGGCAACAAAAAAGAAGAAGCCACCACGGCGACCUCAGGACACAGAAGACAAACCAGCUGAGGAGAAGCCGGAGGAUGAACCAGUUCCCACACCUGAGGACGAAAAAGUUCCAGCGAAGGAAGAGCCACAGGUAGAAGAAGAGGAUGAAGAUGACGAUUGGGAGAAGAAACUUGAGGAAGAGGCAGAAGAGUCCAAGCCCAAAGAUGCAGUCGUUGCCGAUGAAGAGGAUGAGUCGGAAGAUGAGAAGGGCAGUAGCGACAGUGACAGCGACAGCAGCUCCUCUUCGGACGUGGAACUGCGCUCUCCUGUCAUUUGCAUCAUGGGGCACGUUGACACAGGCAAGACCAAGCUCCUGGACAAGAUUCGAAAAACUAAUGUGCAAGAGGGUGAAGCUGGUGGCAUCACCCAGCAAAUUGGUGCCACCUUUUUCCCUGACAUCGCCUUGCAAGAGCAGACCAAAAAGGUGGACACGGAUUUCGAGUUGGAGGUUCCUGGAGUCCUCAUCAUUGACACUCCUGGUCACGAAUCUUUUAACAACUUGCGCAUGCGGGGUUCAUCGCUGGCCGACCUUGCGAUCCUCGUGAUCGACAUUAUGCACGGAUUGGAGCCACAAACUGUGGAGUCGUUGGAGCUCCUGAAGAAGAGGAAAUGCCCCUUCAUCAUUGCUUUGAACAAGAUAGACAUUUUGUACGAGUGGAACUCGAAACCAUACACCAGUAUUCAAGAAGCUUUGGAGAGGCAAGAGCAAUCUGUGCGUGAUGAGUUUCAAACCCGAUUCCAGAAUGUGGUUCUUCAGCUCAACGAGCGCGGGCUCAACUGCAAUUUGUACUGGGAGAAUGACGACUUCAGGACGGCAGUGUCCAUUGUGCCCACAAGCGCCCUCACUGGUGAAGGGGUGCCAGACCUGUUGUACAUGAUUCUGAAGCUGACUCAAGACUUAAUGGCGGACAAGCUUGAAGUCCAGGAGGAGUUGGAAUGUACGGUGAUUGAAGUGAAGAACAUUGAAGGCUUGGGCACAACUGUCGAUGUCGUACUUCUCAAUGGCACCCUUAGAGAAGGGGACCAAAUUGUCCUGGCCGGCUUGGGUGGCCCGAUCGUGACAACAAUCCGUGCUCUUCUCACUCCACAGCCGAUGAAGGAGAUGCGAGUGAAGAACGAGUAUGUGACGCACAAACAGAUCAGUACAUCCAUGGGAAUCAAGAUUUCAGCACCUGGGCUGGAGGAUGCAGUGGCUGGAACUGAGUUGCUCGUUGUUGGCCCAGAUGAUGACAUUGAAGAGCUGAAAGAAGACGUCAGCGCAGGGUUCGAGAGCAUCUUGAAUGACUUUGAGAAGGAACCCGCGGGUGUCUACGUGAAAGCCAGCACCUUGGGCUCCUUGGAGGCUUUGCUGUCUUUCUUGCAGGACAUGAAGAUUCCUGUGUUUGACGUGGGGAUUGGCGAAGUUCACAAAAAGGAUGUCAAGAAAGCUUGCAUCAUGAAGGAGAAGAAGCACCCCGAAUAUGCGCUCAUUCUGGCAUUUGACGUCAAGGUCAACCAGGAAGCACAGAAGCAGGCAGAUACGGAUGGUGUGACUAUCUUCACUGCCGACAUCAUCUACCACUUGCAGGACAAGUUCACCAAAUACAUGGAGAAGUUUCGAGAAUCACAGAAGACAGAAACUCGAAAAGUUGCCGUGUUUCCUGUUGUGCUGCAGAUUGACAAGCAGCACAUCUUCCGCAAGCAAGAUCCUAUCAUUUUGGGAUGUCAGGUUGUUGGUGGCCAACUUCGUGUUGGAACCCCGUUGUGCAUACCAGACAAAGGCAACUUGGCCAUAGGCCAUGUGGCUGGCAUUGAGAACAACAAGAAGUCAGUUCCCAAGGCACGUCGAGGUGACACCGUUUGUGUGAAGAUUGAACAGACGACGGCCCAAAACCACAUCAUGUUUGGGCGGCACUUUGAUCACACCAGCCAGCUCUACUCCCACAUCAGUCGGCAGAGCAUAGAUACUUUGAAGGAACACUUCAAGGAUGAGAUGAUCAAGGAAGAUUGGGAGCUGAUCAUUGGAAUGAAGAAAGUUUUCGAGAUUCAAUGACGUCACUGUCCCCAUAUGGCACCUUUGUUCUGAGCGCUGGGCCACUGUAUAGAGAUGCAAUUCGGACAGACACUUAAGGAUUGUCAAGGUUUAACACCGACAGACGCCAGUUUUCUCAAACUUUCCUGCUUUGUAACCAACUGACCAUCUUUGUACACAUAAAGAGGAUUACAAAACCACUACAUGGGGGAUCUAGAACCUGCCCAAGAUACUGGGUAGCCUUGAUGGCUUGCGGCCACAAGCGGCCCCGAGGCCAAGGAUUUCUUCACCAGGCUGUAAGACUUUCACUGUACAGCUGAAGCUGCAGGGUG